UGUUUUCUGUGAUGUCACAGUGUUCAAUGUUGCAAAGCAUACAAAAGUGUCUUCUGAACAUCCAAUUUACAUUACAACAUUUUAAUUAAUUUAUUGGUACACCGUAUGUAGUCGGGGGAGAAUUUAUACAUAGCAUUGUUGAAUAGUAAACAAUUGUUAAACGGUAAUAAAUUCGAAGCUAAAUAGCUGUAACCGUAACAUAUCCCUAUAAUUACAGAAUAUAACCUACAUAAGUAUUACAAAUUUGUGAAGGUUUUUUUUAAUCAAUUCACUUAGUUUAUUUUCCCAAACAAAUGAGUGAAAAUGUUAAGCAUUCAACUGCAGAUACUAAUUCUGAAACAAAAACAAUAACAUCAAACAAAACAGAACACUCAAAUGGCAGCGAUGAAUCAGCACCGACGCUAUCCCUUUCUAGAACAGCAACCGUGAGAUCUGUGAUUACUACGACUCUGCCUGAAACUGAGGGGGCCAAAGCUAAUGGUUAUAAUCUGAAAGGCGUGACCAAAGCAAUAGAAUCGAACACCUCUUUUAAAAGGGAGACCUCCGAUCCAAUGGUGCCCAUUACCGUCGCCACGUUUGGCGAUUCGCCGUCAAACAUUUCGAAUAACCAAUCGGGGUCACAGCAACCUUAUCAUUUGGUAUCCCCCCAAAUUGCGGCGGUCUUAUCUUCAAGUAAGACCGAAACUAGGACCGCUUUGUGUUCGCCAGUUUCUUCUCCUCUAAGUGGUCGAAAGUGCCGGCCGUUGGUGACUUUGAGUCCUAAAUCAACCCCGCCAGUAGCACGUAAAAAUUAUCAUUUGUCGUACAAUACUGCCACUGGUACUAUAUCAUCACCAAUCCCAAUACCUGCGGUGCCGCCACACAUGAUGUCGGCUAUGGGAUCGAGUCCGGCAUCAUCAUUAUCGCUAUCUUCGUCGACAUCAUCACCUUCGUCAUCGCCUCCUCCGCCUGUGCCUGUACGAGCACCCAAAUACAGUUCCACUGGGAUUGUACAAAGAUCUUUAAAAACGUGUCAAAAAGAUGGUUCUAACGCCUAUACAAAAGGUUCACCUCAUGGGCGCGGUUACAAGCCUUUAAGUGGUUCGCCUCGUAGUCAAAUGGACUUGGCACUACCAAAACAUCAGGAAACCAGAAUUGGCAAUGCCAUAUACCGUUUACCCGAACUUACAUCCAUCUCUGCCAAGCCUGGAAUGGACAUUGACUUGGAUAAAUUGGUUGCGCAGCAGAAGGAGCUGGAAAAGCAAACAGCGGCUGUUAAAUUGGAUGCAAAUAUUUAUGAUGCGGAAAUCGAAAUGAUGAAUCAAUAUUUGAAAAGCCUACCUGAUUACACUGAAUUGGACAAAAAGCUGCAUAAGGAGUUUCAGGAGUGUGAGGACUUGUAUGACCGGUUGAAGCGUCGGCAGGCGCCAGUUUCAAACUCGAAUUCCCGCAAAAGUGUUAUAUUGCCCGCGGCAAUUAAUUCACAGACGACAAGCCGUCCAAAUGUAUCUGUUCAUAACUUGUCGAAGUCAUCAUCGAUAAAUUUCGGUAAUCCUCUAACUUCAGUGGAACAUCCACAAUCAACUAUCGUCACGAACCGCUCUCGCUUGGCAUACCCUUCCAUAUUUUCCUCAGUCGGACAACAGCAACAACUUGCUCCGAAAUUGCAACGUAGUAUUUCUAGUAACAGUAUGCCAUGUUCGAACUCGCCGCAAUAUGGUUGCGUUCAAGGAAUUAUAACACCACAGUGCACCCAAUUAUCAACGGAUCAGAAAGACUCAACUACUAACGGAUCCAAUCUUUCACUCAACAAGCAAUUAAUGAACGAUUUUUGGACGGAAAAUCUAAUGUCCUCACAGAAACGUCAAACACCCAAGCGGUCAAUAUGGAACUACGAGAAAAUUUGCGCGCCCACUGUAAACACUGUGGGCGCUGCAGGGGCACCACUCAAAGUGGAUGCCCAGACAGCUAAGAAGCUUGCCAUAUUCGAUCCGACAGUGGCUGAAGCGGCACAAAAGGAACUGCAUAAGCCAAAUAAACUCCAAAAAAAUGCAUCUCUAUCGCAUUUGGAUAUGAAAGUGCGGCAGGCCGUUACUAAAGAAGAACUAUAUAAACUUAUGUGCAACGAAAAUGCACUCACCGUCCCGCUGGCGCCUACAAACUUCAUCAGCAAGCUACCUGUAAAGAUAAAUGCUCAACCAAUAACAUCACAGGUGCAUCAUCCCCAGGAGCAGCUAAAGCCUGAGCAACAACAAUAUUCAGAGUUGGUACCCUUGAAUAAAAGCGUUUCACUUUCCCAUGUGCCCUCCGGGCUGAUCUCAACAUCAACAAAUUUCGACAAUGCCACGCCAUACACACAAGCUGCUAAAGCUCCAGUGAAAAAUCUGGUGCGCUCAACAAGCCGCACACACAUACCGUCCUAUAUGAAACACUUGCCCGCAUUGAGUCGCAGCAAUUCCAACACAGCAAUAUUAAUGCCCACGUCUAUAGCAGAGCAAAAUAAGCAGCCAUCUGCGUUGAUGAGCAACAUGACAACGACGUCGGCUACACUGACAACAGGAACAGUGAAUCCCAUGGGUGGUUUACUCAAGAGUGCGUCGAGCUCAAGUGUUUUCGGCGUUAGUGCGACAGCUAAAUAUAGUCCGUUCUAUAUGCAGCGCUCUAUCGUUGAUGACUCACCUCAAAGUACUUUAGUAGCUACGGGGAAUACGCUGCCACAGUUAACAAGCACCGCUGUGUCGCGUGCACCUGCAAUGGCAACUUCUUUGGUGACUCCAAGUGAGAAACCAAAAUCGGCCCUUAGUGACGAGCUGAUGAUACGCCAAAAGCAAUCGCAAACAUUGCCGCAACUACAAAAGCAGCAGCAGGAGAGAAAAGAGCAGUCGCAGACUGAGGCUAAACAACAACGGCAACCCACGCGACCACAAAAGCAAAUUGUGACGAGUAAUAUCGAUUCCUCGGCUUUUUCUGGUGAGACGGCUAAAACAUCCGGAUCGCCUCUGAUAUGCGCCACGAAGACAGUUGAUAGUGGUGUUGUUGUUGGACCAUCCUCAUCUGAUCGCAAAUCUGAAAAGAGCAAUAGCACGAUCAGUACGAGUAGUAUAACAACAACAAACUGCUGCAGUACACAUUUGCCACAACUGUCGAAAUUUACAUCGUCGUUUCACAUACCAUCCGCAGAGGCCAAGGGCAGCCGUCUGACGCCUGCAACGAAGCAACCCCCUCGCAAUGGUGGUAGCACUGGUACCAGUGCAACGGUGUCAAGCCAUGAGCAAGCCUACAAAAUCACAAAGGCGCAAAGCAGUGCCAACUUAGAAUUGAUCAAACGUCAAAAGGACACAGACAAUAAGGUUGAGAAGUGCUUGAACGAAUUGUUGAAAAUUGGCAACAAUAGCAACAGCAAAAUUGAAUCCAGCAGUUUAACCGCGGAACUAUUGCAAACAUCCACGCUAUCAAGCAAAAUUGCUGUUCCGGCCGUCACAGAUAAUCAAUUUUCUGAAGAGCAAGGCAAAAUCGUGAGGAUGCAACAGCAACUACCACAGUUAUCGAAGAAAAAUUUUCCCCUUGGCAAGUCGAGCUCUACAUCGCAAAUACCGUUAGGUAGCUGUAGCUACCAGCGCACAAUUUUGCAGUCACAAGUGCCGUCGCAACAAAAGAAUGAUCAACAACUUAUUCAGCAACACGAUAUUCUACGUCCAAGGAAACCACAGACAUUGCAACAGCAGCAACAGGAGCAACAAACAGUCGCGCCCAUACAACAACACGCCUACCCGCAACAGAAGCGCCCUUUUUUGAAUUGGAACUCCUUUGCGUGCUCGGCCAUGAGUGUAUCAACAGACCCUUUCUGCCAACAUCAGCAAACGCAUAAGUUGCAGCACACCGCUUCGGCAUCGAAUGUAGGCAAGAAGUUGCAACCAGUUACCUCUCAACAGCAUCUGCAGCAGCACCAACACUAUCAGCAGAUUGCUCAGCCUAAAGCUGCAACAGGUUUAGCGACGCCUUUGAUAAAGAAUAAUACCAACAAAGAGAAUAAAUAUAACAACUUGCAGCAACAACAACUCACACAGUUUACGACUGGCUUCUUACCAGUACAACAGUCGCAGCAGCAGCUGCAAACGCAGAAACAGCAAACAAAAUACAAUUUCAUGAACGCGCAAAAACCGCAACUCGAUGGCAAUGUCUUGACGCAUUCGGCCUCUUUUAGCGCUGUGCAGAGACCAAGCGGAUUCCAGUUAUUAGGUGCUAAGCACCAGCCGCCGCCCGGACAAUACUUCAAUGGACCAAAGAUGCAGCAACAACAACAAUCGCAGCCGGCACAAGCGGAUUGCCAAGUCUUGCAGAACUUCGAUCCUUAUUUAUAUCCGAAGCACAGCAACUACUCUCUCGGAAAUAUACAGCACAAACUCUUCCGUCAUCACCAACAGCAACUACAGAACGGUGGCGGCGGUGUUUUUUCAACACAGCUCAACACUCAAGCGCAACAACAACUGCAACGACAGCCAACAGGCGGUGCUUCGUAUCACGGUUUUGGCUCUGCCAACGCAAUUGCAGCCCCAAUUCAAGUCAAUCCCCUCACCCAAUCAGCCUCCACUUCGGCCAUGUGCUGCGACACUCAUCGUCCUCUGGCCCCGAUCCAUGCAUCUGGUGCUGGCCACCAGCAUCAACAACAACUGCUGUUGCAGCAGCAACAAAGUAAUUCAGUUAUUUUAAAUCAAUCACACAAUCAAAUGUCCAAAUCCGCACUAGCACUACACUAUAUCGAGACAGCAAAGCCCGUCAUACAAGAUGAUGCUGAUGGCCACUUGAUAUAUCACAACGGCGAUAUACUUCUUCACAGAUAUAAGAUUAUGGCUACACUGGGCGAGGGAACGUUCGGACGAGUCGUGAAGGUCAAGGAUAUGGAGAGGGACUUUUGUAUGGCCUUGAAGAUCAUCAAAAACGUGGAGAAAUAUCGUGAAGCUGCGAAGCUGGAAAUUAACGCUUUGGAAAAGAUCGCUCAAAAAGAUCCACAUUGCGAACAUUUGUGUGUGAAAAUGAUUGAUUGGUUCGAUUACCACGGCCACAUGUGCAUCGUUUUUGAGAUGUUGGGUUUAAGUGUGUUCGAUUUUUUGCGCGAGAACAACUAUGAGCCAUAUCCAUUAGAACAAGUACGGCACAUGGCCUAUCAAUUAUGCUAUUCAGUAAAAUUUCUACACGACAAUCGCUUAACACACACUGAUCUCAAACCUGAAAAUAUUCUCUUCGUCGAUUCGGAGUAUACGACGCAUUAUAAUCACAAAAUUAAUCGCGAAGUGCGUCGUGUUAAAAAUACCGAUGUUCGCCUCAUUGAUUUCGGGUCGGCAACAUUUGAUCAUGAGCAUCAUAGCACAAUUGUUUCUACACGUCACUAUCGUGCACCGGAGGUCAUUCUUGAGUUAGGCUGGUCGCAGCCCUGUGACGUUUGGUCUAUUGGCUGUAUUCUCUUCGAGUUGUACCUAGGCAUAACACUCUUCCAAACGCACGACAAUCGUGAGCACCUAGCGAUGAUGGAGCGCAUCCUUGGCCAAAUACCAUAUCGUAUGGCACGAAAUCAUUGCCAUUAUAGCAAAACCAAAACGAAAUACUUUUAUCACGGUAAGUUAGACUGGGAUGAGAAGUCUUCGGCUGGGCGUUAUGUGCGCGAUCAUUGCAAGCCACUAUUCAGAUAUCAAAUGAGUGACACGGAAGAUCACUGCGAACUUUUUGAUCUGAUCAAGAAAAUGUUGGAAUACGAACCAUCUCAGCGGGUGACGUUAGGUGAUGCGCUUCGCCAUCCGUUCUUCGAUAAGCUCCCACCGCACCAACGCGUUGGCGAAAUCGGCAAUAUAAAACAGGCGAUUUCUUCGGGCAGCAGCAGCAGCCGCGAACGUUCGCAUAGUUUGUCAAGAUGAGAUUUGGCGCGAUUUGGUUAUUGUUAAUUAAAAUUAGAACUGCAAUAGUGAACGACAUAGAAGUAGGAGGAAAACAUAUGGACAACCGACAACAAACAGAUGUAAUACAAUGAAAUAAACGAAAAGCAAGCAUUGGAAUUAGGCGCGUGCCCAGCACAUAACGGGUGAUGACGACAACGGUGCAGCGCAACGACAACGAUGCCAUAGAAAACAUAGCAUAGGAAAAGAAAAUCAUCACCACACUUAGAACACCUAAACCCGAUUGGUCGAAGUCCAAUCAUCAGCAUACAACAAUUUUGUAGUAACACAAGAACAGGCAGCAGAACGUAAGAGGAGAAAAGCAUAAAUAGUUUAAGAUACAAUACACAAUACUAAAUACUAGUAAAGCUACUUUUUAUAAAAGAAUCUUGGAAUUUGCGAUAAAGGCGCAGAAAAGUGGUUUCCACACACACACACACACACACACACAAGCAUAUACACACAUUCUGCGAAAAUGUCUUAUUGAAACCUUUGCGACAAUUAAUAGAUGCAUUCAUCAUGCGUAUAUGAUUGAUUUUAUAUUCUUACAUGCAUACAUACAUAUAUAUUUUGUAUUUUUCACUAAUUCAUAUUUCUGUGAGAGUUUCAAUGAAAUGUAUUAGUGUUUUUUGGGCAAGGUGUGCAAGAUAUGUGUGUGUGCACAAAGCGAUCACCCACAAAAAAUUAACGUAAAAAAGCUAAUUAGUAACUAUAGCCAAUAUUAAUUAGAAAGUUUUUUAAAGAUUUUAUUUUCGUUUCUAAUAAAUCUAAAGUAAUCAUG